UCUCUAUAUUAGCUACCCCACACAACCUCCGCGCAUUUGGCAGUGACCAGCGCUCCCGUCGUGUCCUGUAUCAGCGCAGUAGCGGUGGCAGCAGCAGCAGCAGUCUAACACUUGCGUCCCCAGCGCUGUUGCCCCCUCACCCGCUCCUCAUACACCAGAUCGACUUCAAACAAAAGAGACUUCAGCGACCUCAACAGUCCAUCAACACACACCCACUUCCUCCCCCUCCCUCGCUGAUCAUGAUGCCUUGUGCAACCCACCUGUUGGUCGCCACCCUUGCCCUGGCACUCGCCCUGACCCACGCCCUCCCAGCUCCCGACUCCCACACACCCACAACUGACCAGGACGCGCGGCUUCAGAAGAGGGCUGUCAGUUCAGACCCCAGCGAGGAGGAAAUAGCCGCGUUGAAAGACCUGAUUCUGGCUCGGGUGGCGUCGGAACUGCAGGACUCGUGGCAGGAACUACCUUCCCUCAAGAAAGUCCUGAUAGAGGAACAACAGCAGCAGCAGCAGCAGCAGCAACAACAACAACAACAACAACAACAACAGCAGCAGGGAGAAGAAGAGGUUAAGAGGAAGAGGAUGUUCGUGCCACUCUCUGGCCUUCCCGGUGAACUGCCCACCAUCAAGAGGCAGAUCCGUUACCACCAAUGCUACUUCAACCCCAUCUCCUGCUUCAGGCGGAAGUGAGCAAGCUGACUCCCUGAUGACGUCAUGGCCGGGUAGUGACGUCACAUCCAACUUGGUGACGUCACAGCCUGCCUAAUACGUCACAAUACCCGUCUGGUUACGUCAAGGUCAACCUGGUAACGUCACUGUCUGUUAUUGACGUCACAGACAGCUGGUGACGUCAGUAGCAGCGUGGUGACGUGUGGCCUAGCUGGUGACACCACGAGGGAACAAAAGACAGUAGCUUUGGACUACGUGCCAAACAAACAAAUGCUUAACUAGUUUGUGCUUCAGACGAAACAAUAAUAUAGCAAUUAAAAAUUAUAUUAAGUAGAUGUUGAUUUAUUCCUUAAUCUCCAGGCAGUGAUGGUUGUUGGGCGUGACACUUGUGUUCUUAAGGAGAAGUGAUGGCGCGUACGUCUCAGUGGACCUGUAAAAUGACUGUUGUGUAUUCGGAUUUUCAAAAUAAAUAAAUAAAUCCUGUGACAUAUUGCUCGCCCAAACUCAGGAGAGAGAGAGAACGCAGUCAAGUAUUGCUAUAGUCUCAGUACAAUUUACACUCCAAUUUGACCACCAUACUUGUGCCAUAGCUUAUCUGAGCCAGUUGGAUGCGUUCUCACAUCUCCAGUUAAGGGAAGAAUUUUACGGAAUGAACCUUUGAGUAACAGCGUUGGUCAACAAGGGGGGAAGAGGUCCCCAGCUGAUGUGAGGGAGGGGCGUACGAGGACGCUUGCUGAGGGAGGGUGGAGGGGUUGCCAGCCUGCUCCCCCACUCUCCUCCUUGCACCUCCCCACAAGCACCUCCGCCUCCCGUACCCACGAAGUCAUUUUCUAGGACUCUGUAUAUGUGUGUGUGUGUGUGUGACGUGUUUAAAUAACAUAACAUGACUAGGACGCUCGUGGUGUACACACAGGACACACACACACACACACACACACACACUACAUAUGUCGAAACAACAAAUGAUCCAGAAACCACCAAAGUUCCCACUGUUAUAACAACAUAAAUAAUGUGAGUCUAGUGAGCCGGCCACAUAAUACACUCCCAUAACUAAAAAAAUCAAAACAUUUCAUAAAACUAAAAUAAAACAACAAAUGUAUUAAUAUAAACUACUAUUUAUUUUCGUCUUUCUCUUCGUGUCUGAAUCUUUCAGUGCGUCGUUUUAGUUAAUCCAGUUUAUUUUACGAGACAGGUCACUUAAACCACACAGCUGGAACCCAAACACUGAGUUGUUCACCUGAAUUAAAAAAAAACAUAUUACUGGAGGUCUAAAGGGCCAAUGAUGUUUGGACAUCAGUUAUGACCGGAAACCAACUUUGCUGGAACAUCAACCUUGACGGGACACUGAGAAUGCAUCACCAGCCCUUGUAGGAAACAACACCUCCACCACCACCAAUAUCGAGACACCACAACACCACCAAGGUCAUUACCACAACACAACCACACAGACUGAGCCACACAGUAAGAUAACAUAAGAAACCACCAAUUUUCCACUACCAUUUUGUGUCAGCUCCCAAGACCAUUUUGACUCCCAAUCUCCCUACAACCUUCCCACACGUAUAAACCAUACUAAAGUCAGUCUGGCUUAAUAUUAAGUAACCAGAUUAACCUACUUCACCUUAAUACUAACACCUUAAGCCAAUAAACCAAAUUAACCCACGCCAAGUCAAGUCAGUACACGUGUGGGUAACCAGGCGUAACACGGGUCAAGUCCACACAACCCCUCACCUAACACUUUAUCUACGAAGGAUUAUGUCUUAAGUUACAAGCAGUCUUGACUCCAGAGUGCAGACAUAUAUGUGUGUGUGUGUGUGUGUGUGUGUGUCGUGGAUAAGGAUGCACGGCGUCACCUGCCUCAGUAUAGUUCCGGCAGCGUAACAUGUGACAAGCAAAGGAAUCAUUGCCACACAAUCAUCCAGAUAUCUAGCCCUCAAUUACGUGUUUUAUGAGCCCAUGUACUAGCAAAAUAAAAGUACUUAUUUGAA